AUGAGAAUAUGUAAACAAGUAGAUCCAGUUAUUGAUAUAGUUAUAGUAGGUUUUGGUAAUAAGAGUAAAUUGUUUAUUGAUUUAUUUUUACAAAAAAAUGAAUUAAAGGGUGUUAAUAUAAUUGUAAUAAGUAAAGAUAAUUUUGCAUUUUUAAAUAAAUAUGUACAAUGUGUUGAAUUAUGCAUAGAUAAUUAUAUUGACAUAUAUAAAUAUUGUAAAGAAAGAAAUAUACUUUUUAUUAAUGAAAAAGUUAAAAAUGUUGAUUCAUUUAAGAAAACCAUAUAUUUUACUUCUGAUCGUAAUCAUUUGAAGUAUGAUUUUUUAUUAUGUGAUUUUGAUUAUAAAAGUUCCUUUUUAUUAAACAGUGACUAUGCUCAUAUGAAUAUAUAUCCAUUCAAAAAUAAAAAUUUAUUUUUUUAUUAUACUCAUAUCAUAUAUUUAUCUUUAAUAAAAUCUCAAAAAAAUAAAAUAACUGAUAUUGAUUUAUACUAUAAAUGGAAAAGUAUCUUUUUAGAAAAUAUAGCUGUUGAAAAAUUUUAUAAUUUUUAUUCAUAUAAUGAUAAAUAUGUAGAUUUAAUUUUUGAUAUAUAUAAAUUCGUUGAUCAAAGUUUGAGUAACCAAAAAAGUAAUCAAAUAGAAAAUAAUAUUUUUACUCUCUUAAAAAAAAAUUCGUUGAUUGAUGAUUUUAAAAAGAAUGAAGAAACGAAUAUUUUAGAAAAAGAAAAUUUUAGGAAAAAUAAUUGUUUUAAUUUAAUAUUGAUAAGUGAUAAUAAUGAUUUAGGACAAGAACUAUACUACGAAAUUUUUCAAAUUUUAAAUAAAAUAUGUUUAUCUUCAAAAAUUGUAUAUGUUUAUAUAACUGAUUUAGAUAUAAAAGAAAUUAACUUUUGUGAGAAUUAUUUAAUUAUUAAGAAGGUAAUAGAAAUUAAAAAAGUAAACAACGAAAAAAUAAUAAAUUGCAUGAAUAAAAACGGAGACAUUAUUACAAUUACCUAUGAUGAAUGUAUUAAUAUAACUGAUUUACAUUAUCCAUCCUAUUUUUAUAAAUCUAAUUAUAAAAUAGAAAAUAAUACUUCCAUUAAUAAGUUCUGUCAAUAUGAAAAUAAUGAUAGUUUAUAUUUUUUAAAUCAGAUAAAGAACUAUGAUGAUUUUACAAUAUGCCAAACUAUAUAUUUAAAUAUAUAUAAUAAUAUCCAUAAAAAUAAAUAUAUAAGUAUUGAAGAUGUAAAAAAAAAAAACAUUAAUAUAAAAAAUUGUUGUAAUUUAAACAAUUCUCCUUUAACAAAAGUAUUCAAUGAUUUAUCAAAUUAUUUUUACAAUAAAAUAAUGGAUAUUAUAAAAGUGUCCUUUCAAUAUAUAUGCGACAAUAAAUUUAUAGAAGAAAAAAUACAGUUGUUAAAUAAUAGAAGAAAGAAUCUAGAAUGUUAUGAAAGUGAUAAUAAAAUAAAGAAAUAUAAAAAAUUUCCUGUUUAUAUAUUCAUAAACAUAAUUUUAUAUUUUUAUAAUAAAGUUUUAUUUUAUUUUUUUUUUUUAAAAAACAAAUUUAUUGGGAAAAAAGAGCAAAAAAAUAGUUUUGAAAAAAAUAAAAACAAUACAAAUAAUAGUAACACAUAUGAAUUACCAAAAUAUAUGUAUGACUUAUAUAAAGUUGAAUAUGAAAAUAGAUUAAUUAUUAAAAAGAAAACUACAUAUGAAAUCAUUAAAAAUAAAAAUACAGAUGAUAGUUCAGAUAAAAACACAAUAAUUGUAAAUAAUAAUAUAGAAAAUAAAAAUGUAAUGGAUGAAUUAAAUACUAAAAAAGUAAAUUUGCAUAUAAAAGAAAGUAUCCAUAAAAUAAUUAAUAGAAAUACAUGUGGAGGAUGUGGAUCAAAAGUUCCCUCAAAUGUUCUGUUCAAUUCUUUGAAAUCUUUAGAUAUUUUUAAUUCAUUGAAUGUUUAUUUGGGAGUAGAAGGAUGUGAUGACUGUUGUAUAUUUGUUCACAGUAAAUCCAAAAAAGGAGAAAACAGUCCAGCUCUCGUUCAAACGAUUGAUUUUUUUAAAUCAUUUAUAGAUGAUGAAUAUAUAUUAGGAGAAAUAAUUGCUAUACAUUGUUUAUCUGAUAUAUAUAGUAUGGGAGGAACAGGAAUUUGUGCUCUGUGCGUUUUAAUUGUAAAGGAUAAUAUCGAAAAAAAGCUACAACAAAGACUUGAAAAUAUUUUAACAGGAUGUUCUCAAAAAUUAAAAGAGGAAAAAUGUGUAUUAAGUGGAGGACAUACAUGUGCAGGGAAUGAUAAUUAUGUUGGUUUAGCGGUUACAGGAAAAAUAAAAAAAAAUAUGAAUAAAAUAAAUGAUGAUGCUGAUUAUAUUGAGAAUAGAAAUGAAAAAAAUCAAAGAAAAAACAGCAAAGAUCAUGAUACAAAUGAUGAUAUAAAUAAUGAUGAAGAUAUGUAUGAUUUAAAUGAGAACUUCAAUACAUUUAAAAAACAUAAAAUGUUAAAAAACAAUUAUUUGUUUUUACCAAAAGGAAAUAGAAAUAUAAAAAGUGGAGAUAUUAUAAUUACAACUAAAAUGUUUGGGUUUGGAUUUAUUAUGGCUGCACAUAUAAUUAAAAAGGCAAAAGCUAGAUGGAUUUAUAACUGCCUUGACGAAAUGUUAAUAUCAAAUAGGAAUAGUGGAUUAUAUUUUUUAAAGAAUAAUGUAAAAGCAUGUACAGAUGUAACUGGAUAUGGUAUAUUGGGGCAUUUAAAUGAGAUGAUUAAAUGUUCAAGAAAAGAAAUUUAUUUAUAUAAUAAAAUAUACAAUAAAAUGAACACAGAUUCAUCUAAUGACUCAAUAUCAAAUAAAAAUGGAGAAUAUCAAGUAAAUAAUAAAUUUAAGGAAGCAGAUAAAAAUAACAUGCAUAUAAAUUUUAUUGGUGCAAAAAUAAAUUUAAAUAAUAUAAUUAUAGCUGAAGGAGUAAAGGAGUGUAUUGAAAACAAUAUAUAUUCUUCUAUGUUUAAAAAAAAUCAUUAUUUAUGUAAUAACAUUAUAAAUUUAGAUGAAGCUUUAUUAAAUAAUAAAUAUGGAAUUUUAUUUGAUCCUCAAACAAGUGGAGGUUUAAUGGCCAUUGUUGAAAGAGAAUGUGCUCAUCAAAUUAUACAAGAUUUAAAAAAUUUAGGUUAUAAAAAUUCUUCGAUUAUAGGAGAAAUAAUAAAUGUGCAAUAUGAAAAGUUAAAAAAUAUUUCUCUAAAUGAAAUAUCAUUAAAUGAUUAUUUAGAUACAACCAAUUCUAUAUAUAUUGAAUGCUAA